UCUCAUGGAUUGAAUUUGGCUGUUUGUUUUCACCGAUUAUUUUAAUUUAUUUUAGGACUGCGGUUCUAUUACUAAGGCAUUAUAUUAAGAAAUGACCGCUGAAAACGAACGUGAAAUUUAUCACAAGCUAGAAGCCAUGAAAGAAAUAAGAAAUAAAACAAUAACACUGGAGCGACUGAAGCGUAGCAUCUUGAAUGAGGUGCGCAGCGGGGAUCAGGAGGGGCGGUGCCUGGCGCAGUACAAGCGGGAGAUGGAGCUGCUGCAGCAGGAGAAGAUGAGCCAUGUGGAGGAACUGCGCCAAAUACAUGCAGACAUCAAUGCUAUGGAGACUGUAAUAAAGCAGACAGAGGAGAGCAUGACGCGCAAGCUGUCGACCGCGUCGCGGCUGCACGAAGACUACCGGCCGCUGAAGGCGGAAGUGGACCUGCUGCGGCGGCAGUGCCUCGGGCUCGAGCGGCUCCCGGACCUGCACGAGGAGGAGGGCAGCCCCAUCACUCCAGAGCGGUUCCCUGCGCUGUCGUCGCGGGGCGGGGCGGGGGGCGGCGCGGCGGGGGGUGCGGGGGGUGGCGUGGGGGGUGCGGGGGCGGCGGGGGGCGGGGGCCCGUUCCUGGCGCCGGCCCCGCGCAAGCCGCCGCCGCCGCCGCCCGCGUUCAGGUCUGCUCUCGAACAAGAUUUCAUUACCGUCUCGCUGAGACAGCAGCCGCCGCCCAUGAAGUCGUGCCUGUCGUGUCACCAGCAGAUCCACAGGAACGCGCCCAUCUGCCCGCUCUGCAAGGCCAAGAGCCGCUCCAGGAACCCCAAGAAACCCAAGAAGAAAUAGUCACCUCCACCCCACACGACCACACCGG